ACUCUGUGUGUGAAUUGGAGCGCACCGUUUGGGCGGAGGCCAUUUACAUUAAAAACUUACGUUUUGUUUCUUUCCUUUCAACGAGUCAAAUCUAAUCAUAGUUUGGUGAAAACAACAAAAAGUGUUAACGUUUAAUAUCCGAACAUUUGUACUGUUGUAUUUUAUGGUGAUUGCAAAAUUUUAAAUAGACAUCUAGGACAGACUAUCAACCUGGCACAGCCAUUCAGCCAGUUGUGACUUGUGCUAUGCAUUUAUAAUUGGUCCUUGAUUUCAUGUUCGUGCAAGUUUAGGUGGCAAUUGAUUUUCGUUUUACAAAAAGCGAGGUUCAAAAUGUCGGGUUUCCAGCAAUUGCUCGCUUUCCGUCGAGAAAUUAUCAUCGCGGAAAAGUAUCGAAUUAUUCGGAAGAUCGGUGGUGGAUCGUUUGGUGAUAUUUAUUUGGGGAUCAACAUUGCACAUGGCGAGGAAGUGGCAGUCAAGGUUGAAUCUGUGAAGGCGAGACACCCACAACUUCUAUAUGAGAGCAGAGUGUACAAGAUGCUCCAAGGGGGCAUCGGAGUGCCCCAUAUAAGAUGGUUUGGCUACGAGCGGGACCACAAUAUCCUGGUGAUGGAUCUCCUCGGUCCAUCUCUGGAGGAUCUCUUCAACUUCUGCUCCCGUCAGUUCACCAUCAAAACGGUUCUCAUGUUAGCAGACCAAAUGCUCGCUCGCGUGGAGUUCCUCCACUGCAAGAGUUUCAUCCACCGGGACAUCAAGCCGGACAACUUCCUCAUGGGCAUCGGCCGACACUGCAACAAGCUGUACAUGAUAGACUUCGGCCUCGCCAAGAAGUUCCGCGAUCUACGCACGCGAGUGCAUAUCGUGUACCGCGAGGAUAAGAACUUGACUGGCACGGCUCGGUACGCGUCCAUCAACGCGCACCUCGGUAUCGAGCAGUCGCGACGCGACGACAUGGAGUCGCUGGGAUACGUGCUUAUGUACUUCAAUAGAGGUUCUCUACCAUGGCAAGGGCUGAAAGCUCUGACCAAGAAGCAGAAGUAUGAGAGGAUUAGCGAAAAGAAGAUGUCCACCCCCGUCGAAGUGCUCUGUAAGGGAUUCCCUGCUGAGUUUGCGAUGUACCUCAACUACACUCGAGGACUGACGUUCGAUGAGGCACCCGAUUACAUGUACCUCAGACAGCUGUUCCGCAUUCUGUUCCGUACGAUGAACUACCAGUACGACUACACGUUCGACUGGACGCUGCUGCGGCAACGCAAGCAGCAGGUGAUGGAGGCCGCCGGCGCCGCCGACCGCCGCUCGCCGUCCGUGCAGCGCCGCGCCGCGCAGCAGCCGCCGCAGCCGCCGCCCAACAACGAGUGAAAGAGAUUACGACGUUCGGCAGCCACGGGUAGCCCGACGAAAAAGCGAACGCGAUAACAUUGUAUGUUUGUGUAUGUCUGAAUGUGUGCGAGUGUGUAUGCGUGGUUGUGUGCGUGCGGUUGGUGUGCGUCGGGCGCCGUACUUCGAAGCGUACUUCGGCACUUAGAAGCGCACUUCUACACUUCGGAGCGUACUUCUACACUUCGAAGCGUACUUCGGCACUUCGAAGCGCACUUCUACAUUUCGAAGCGCACUUUGGGCACUUCGAAGCGGACUCCAACAUUUCGAAGCGCACUUCAACACUUCGGAGCGUUCUUCUGCACUUCGAAGCGUAUUUCUACACUUCGAAGCGUGCUCCACUUCGCAGCGCACCACUUCGAAGUACACGUUUUGAAGCCGAAGCAUGAUGUGCACUCCGUGAUUGCUUCGAAGCGCUUCGAAGUACCGCCGAUGCCGUGUUGCAGCCGGCUCUAACUUGGAAGUUGUCGUCGAGCGUCGAAUAUCGUAGCGUGUGUCGUUUUGUACCCACACAGGGACGGCAGAUGGACAAUUUUCGUUUACAGAGGCCUUUUCGUUCGUCUAGUGAAUGCGGUAGAGUGGAAGCCGCUACGUACUGCGACGGCGAAAAUGCCGCAAAAUUAUUGCUGAAAUGCACCAGGGCACUUAGGCAAGCAUUCUAUAAUUUUGAUAGCUAAUUAGAAAUGUAUGGGAUAAACAUAGCGAUUGCGAUGCCAAAUCCUAUACAUUUUUCGUAUGGCAACCUAAACUAUCGAAUGUUGGCUAAGUACCCAGGUGCGAUCGAUUGCAUUUUCGUCUCGAUCGUCGAUCUACGUAGCAAUUUUGACGAUUUUACUCUGUGACCCAUGCGUUCACGUCAUUUUUAACCAUUGUAAUAUAUUCGAUUCAUUGUUUUAAUUUAAAAUGUAAUUAUAGACCGUCGUUUAGUGAGAAA